AUGUUGAUUCGGAAAAUAAUUUCUCCAAUGUCACAACCACACACCGAUACCAAUUCUGACACGCAACUAAGAAUCGAAGAACGGGCUUUCUCCGCUGCUGGCGCCGCCUUUCUGUCAGCCAUUAUUGUUAAUCCCCUUGAUGUCGCCAAGACAAGACUGCAAGCACAGGCUGCUGGUGUUCCCUACCACGGUGAUUGCCGAACGGCACCUUUUCAAACGAACAUGAGGCUACACGAUAUUAUGUGUCCUGUUUCUGGCUCUGCGCCACCACGGCCGUGUCCUUCUGGGUGUAACACCUAUAAAGGGACAUUAGACGUUUUCUACAAAGUUAUACGUCAGGAAGGCUUUAUGAGACUGUGGAGAGGCACGAGUGCAAGUUUAGCAUUGGCUGUGCCAACUGUUGGAAUCUACAUGCCUUGUUAUGAUAUUUUACGCAAUAUGAUGGAGGAGUUUACAACAAAGAAUGCUCCAAAUUUAACACCUUAUGUUCCAUUACUCGCUGGAUCAGUUGCACGCUCAUUUGCUUGCAUUUCUUGUUAUCCUGUAGAACUUGCAAGGACUCGCAUGCAGGCAUUUAGAACGACCCAAAGUGGUAAGCCUCCAGGGGUGUGGAAGACAUUGCUUGGAGUCGUUCACCCUGACAAUGGCACAAGUAUUUUUCAAAGCUUGCAUAGGUACCGUUUCUGGUGGACUGGCCUCGGAGCACAACUUUCUCGUGAUGUUCCAUUCUCUGCUAUUUGCUGGUCAACCCUUGAGCCAAUUAGGAAAAACAUUCUUGGCCUAGUGGGUGAUGAUGGAGCUAGUGCAGCCACUGUCCUUGGGGCAAAUUUUUCUGCUGGUUUUGUUGCAGGAACUUUGGCAUCUGCUGUCACAUGUCCACUGGAUGUGGCAAAAACACGACGACAAAUAGAGAAGAAUCAUGAAAGAGCGUUAACGAUGACAACAAGAACAACAUUACUUGAGAUUUGGAGGGAUGGAGGAUUAAGAGGGCUAUUUUCAGGUGUUGGCCCUCGUGUAUGUCGUGCUGGUCCAUCGGUUGGCAUAGUUGUCUCCUUUUACGAAGUUGUCAAGUAUACCUUACAGCAUACACAUCCCACUUCAUCAUAG